GCGACAUCUAGAGACUCGAGCUAAGAUUAUGCCUUCGGCCCUUGAGUUGCGGAGAACCGGAGAAUGUGGCGUGGUGCAGUCUACGGCGAUCUGGAUUGACCCACCAUAAUGGUAUCUGACAAGCUUACGGAAAAAGCAAAGAUACGUCAAAAACCAUCUACUGGCACUUUUACAGCAGAGACCAAGCAGGUAAUCCAUCCUCGACAUUAACCUUCCAGAAGUUGAAAAUUUAACUACACCUGAUUACUGGCAAAGACGUCUAGAACAAAGAUAUCUACGUGUUAAUCGUCGUGCAUAUCUCUCCACUUUGGUGUUGGCGUAAGCAUCCCUCAAUCUGCCAUGCCAAUUCUCCCUCGAGCCACCUUUUCAGUUCUCUCCUGCCGGCUUAUUUCGGCCGUGGGGCAGCGUGGAGCUACGACAUCCUGUCGAAGUUUUCAUGCCAUCUCCCAGAAAGCUGCAGUUGCCCAUCCUAUCACUGCCCAUGGACCGCCCCCGAAAGCCCCUUCGCCAGCUCCAGAAUUCGGUCGUCCGACCGAAGAAGGAAAAGACGUAAAUGAUGCAGGCAAGCCACAAUCGCAAGUGUCAAAACCAUCAUCGACUCUCGAGAAGCGAUUUUGGAAAAAUGUGGUUGUCAGGAAAAAGCCAGAUGGGGAGUACCAGGUUUUAUUGGACACGCGACCGAUUCGGACGCCGACGAAAGAUACUUUAUCCAUUCCUUCGACGAAACCGCAUCUUGCACAUGCUAUUGCUCUCGAGUGGGACGUCAUGACGUCCGCACGGCAGGCUUUGAAGAAUCAUCUUAUUCCGUUGACCUCGUUGACUGCGCGAGCGGGAGAUAUUGCACAAGAAGAUGCAAGGGGCGAGACUACCACGAGGGACCAGAUUGUGAAACUCGCCAUGCGCUACCUGGAUACCGAUACUCUACUGUGCUGGGUACCCGAGAGAAAUCCAUACGCUGGCGAGGGGUCUGAAGAAAAUGGAGAGCGGCCUGAAAGCCUUCGAGAAGCUCAAAUGAGAGUAGCCAAGGAUAUUAUCGCCUUUCUAGGCACAAAGGUGUGGCCUGGUGUCGACAUUGUACCCAUUCUUGACGCGGACAGCAUUUUGCCGGUGUCUCAGCCCCGGGCUACAAAGGACAUAAUCAAACAAUGGGUUUCGUCGCUGCGACCGCACGAUCUAGCUGCUUUAGAAAGAGGAAUUGUUGCUAGCAAGAGCCUGUUGGUUGCUGUUCGACUGGUCGUCGAGUGGAGUGAGAAUUUCCGUCACUUGCAAAGGUCAGGACAAAAGAAGUUCGGCAUCGAAGAGGCAGCAGAAGCAUCAAGUCUUGAAGUGAGAUGGCAGACUAAUAUGUGGGGAGAAGUGGAGGAUACUCAUGAUGUUGACAAGGAGGAUCUCAGACGACAGCUUGGAAGUGUUAUUGUUGUGGUCAGCGGAGAGACCCGUGAAUAAGGAAGUGUGCCGCAGCUGUGGACGGCUGUCAUAUUUGUCUUAAGCUGACAUGCUUUGCAUGUACUCGUAUAUAGAUAUUCGCAGCGGCACCUAAUCAUUGUACAAUAUGAUCAUACAUGCUCGGGUAUUCGAC